AUGUCUGAACAAAACGAGAAGAACCUCAAGGCCCCCGAGGGCGAGUUCCAGGAAUGGACCGAGAAGACGUCUGAGAGCGGGAAAGCUUUUUUCACUAGAGACGUCGACGAAAAGGGCAACACAACCACCAAGCCAGCAGACGGGCCCGACCACGACGUUGACUCCCAUGGCCCUUCCUUCGACCACGAGCCAUGCUACUGGACGCCAGAUACCGAAGGUUCUACAUCCACCGAUUUCGCCAAUAAAACAGGCAUCACCUGGUACAAGCUCAAGAACACCAUCGGAGCGACGUACCAGUUGACUAUCAAUACGAACUCGACAUACGACUACACGUUUCAUACGAAGCCUGAUAGCUAUGGUCUGGAUGUGUAUCAGACUUGGACAACCCAUCAAGUCACGUACACGACAUGGGAACCUACCGUGACCUCGGUCAGUGGCCGCUAG